AUGAGGUUAUUGGUAGUAGCUUUACUUUUAUGCGUAACCGAUACAUUCGCUGACAGUAUCGCGCUACAGCAAUGGCGUUCGAUGCAGGUGCGCCGAAACGUCCGGCGGGAACCGGGCAUGUCCGGGCGGAUUAUUGGCGGUUACGAGGCAAACAUUGCGGAUCUACCCUUUCAGCUGUCGGUGCGGCGAAUUAAUUAUCACAUCUGCGGUGCAUCCGUGGUGGAUUCGUCCUUUGCCAUCACUGCCGCUCACUGUAUGACGCCCAAACCUGAUCCCGAGUUUAUCACGCUGCAAGGAGGUGCUACCAAUCGGACGGACGACAUUGCGGGAGUGAUAUUUCAAACCGAAGAAAUUAUCGUGCAUCCAGCGUAUAAUCCUUCCACGUACCAUAACGAUGUCGCUUUGAUCCGCAUCGUGGGGACAUUCGAAGGAUAUGAAAAUGUGUACCCAAUUGCAUUGGAAACCGUACCGAUAACUUCGAACAGUUUGAAUCCUGUGUAUUGUACGGUGUCCGGUUGGGGGCUCACCGAUAUGUAUAAUGGCAAACUUCCAGAGAUGCUGCGCGCGGUACGGAUCCCACUGAUUCCUUAUACCGACUGCCGCCGAAAGUGGAGUCCAUUGGCUGUUACGACUUCGAUGAUCUGCGCUGGAGAACCACGGCGAGAUACCUGCAACGGAGAUAGCGGUGGCCCCUUGGUGUGUAACGACAAACUUUACGGCUUAGUUUCUUGGGGCGCCAACCAAUGUGGAGGCACUUAUCCGGGAGUGUACACUAGCAUAACGUCAAAGGAUGUGGCCAACUUCAUAGCACAGUACAUUCCGGUAUAA